AUGGGCUGUUGGAGCAGUAAACUCGACGAGCCGUUGCCGGGGCAGCACCAAACGCGCUUGUUGUACCGUAGUACACGGCGUGUGGACGGAGUCAACCGCCUCUACGGUGCCUGUCGCCAUGGCAACACGGUGGUGAUCAUCAAUCCCGGUCGAAGUCCCGUCAAGCCUUACAUCCGCGUGCCCGAAGGCACCUACGCGCUCGUCUCCCAGCUUGUGACCAAGCAGUACAUCGUGUUCGACACACCCGUGAAGGGCUGCAAGACCGCGGACGACGUGACUGUGGGCAUCGACAUGUGCCUGAUCCUCCGCAUUAUGGGCGACGAAUCCAAAGGUGAAGACCCGGAGCUUGUUCGUCGCUUUGUGUACGAAUUGGAGCCGAACGGGCUGGAGAUCCAGCUCCGAGCCGCUCAAGACGCGGCCGUACGAGCGCUGGCCCGCAGCGUGGAGCACACGGAAGUGUAUCAACUCCGAGACGGUACGAUGCGCGAGAGGUUCAAGACUGGGGCGUUGAACUUCCGCACGAAUCGGCUCGCAAUUGACGAGUUUAACUCUCCAAGGGAGGACGACGAAACGAAAGAGGAAGGAGAUGAACCGAAGGAGAAGGAGAAGAAGGUGCUCUAUUGCGUCACGGAAGACAUCAAACGCAGCUUGAAUGAGCAGUUUAACACCUACGGGGUGCAAAUUACCAGUGUUGCUAUCACCAACGUCACUUUGCCGGAGGAAUUCCAGACGCAGAUGCAGAACCGCACGACGCAUUUGAGUGCGAUCAAGGAGCAGAAGAUGAAGCAGCUGAGCGACAUGCAGAUGCUGCAGUACAAGGAGGAGCUCGACACGACCAAGCUGAAGCGCAAGAUGGUGUACAUGGAGGAGGAUCAGACUGGCAAGGCCAAGUGUGCGGAGAUCCGCAAGGGAAUCGACUUGAUCAACGCUCAGACGCAGCUCGCGGACGGGGAAAUUAGCCAGAAGACUGCUGUGGUCUGCAACCAUCGCGACGUUGAGGCAGCGCUCAAGAUCGCGGAGAUUGAAGCGGAGACUGUGCGGAUUUCGACCGAGAUCAACGCCCACUGCGACGCGGAGAUCCAGUUGAUUAACGCGGAGAAGGCUGCGCUGCAGAUGAAGCUCGACGCUAUCACGGACGAGAUCAACGCCACUGCCGAGGCCAAAGCUGCGGAGAUCAUUGCACGUGCCGAGGGUGCAGCCGCGGGAAAGAUGGAGAAAUACCGCAAGUUCAAGCUCGAAAUGAAGAAGUUGGACGUGAUCGGAGCGCUGGCCAAGAACAAGAAGACAGUCAUUUCGGGGAUACAGCCAACAGUUUGCUGUCGGAGGUGCUGGUGGCGGAUCGCCAAAGGAAUGUGA